UACUGUUUAGACAGUACCCUAUGUGUACCUGUAAAAAAUGGCGACCAACACCGAAGAAGAACAGACGCUGAGGGAUUGCGAAGUAUAUGUUCAAAAAAAUAAUAUUCAACAACUUCUUAAGGACUGUAUUGUUCAACUUUGCGUUAGUCGUCCGGAGAAUCCUGUAUCAUUUUUGAGAGGCUAUUUUCAGAGGCUUGAACGGGAGGCAGCAAACAAAGCAAGUCAGCAAAAACCAACCACUCCUUGUGAUGAAAAAGAAGACGAACUCUCUCCAAUGCCUAAUAUAGCUCCACCACAGCGAGGUCGACGAGGGGCCGUUAGUGCUGAAACUUACUCAGAAGAAGAUGCAACUACCUAUGAGAAGAAGGUUGUUCCCAAAGACUACAAGACCAUGGCAGCUCUCUCUAAAGCUAUUCAUCAGAAUGUUUUGUUUGCUCACUUAGAUGACAAUGAACUUAGUGACAUCUUUGAUGCCAUGUUUCCUGUGGUCCAUAAUGCUUCAGAAGUCAUAAUUCACCAAGGAGAUGAAGGAGACAAUUUUUAUGUUAUUGAUCAAGGAGAAGUUGAG